AUUACGAGUAUCUAAUUUUCCUCUUGGAAGAACAUUCUCGAGUCUUCAUCAGUCGACAAAUCAAUCAAACAUUCUCCUCGGUCUAUAAAUAGUAGUAAUCACUGUCAAAUAGUUUGGCAAAAACUAUAUAUAAUAUAUAUUUGAAAAAAAGCAGACUAAUAAAAGAGAUCAAAGAAGUAUGUGUUUGGUGUUUGUGUGUGAUGAAGAUGAGAUGAUAGUUGGGCAAAAACAAGCAGCGGGAUCAUGUCCGUACUGCGGCGGGAUGAUUAAAGAGAUGGAUGUCGAAAGUCAAUGGAGAUUGUGUUUCGUGCCUAUGUAUUACAAGACCAAACGCAAGUAUUUCUGUACUCUCUGUUCCCGACGCCUUGUUCUUCAGUAUUAGCUAUCUAGUUUAGCCUAUCCCCUAGCUAGCUACCCUGAGUUUCCAAUUUAAUUAUACUCUUCUUUAUUCUUGUCUUGUUAAAUCUCUGUAAAACUUUUAGGCGUACGUACGCACGUAUAUAUGGUAUGUAUAUGUAUAAAUAAAUACUUGAUUAUUGUAGAUAAACGCAGUGACUUAUUUUUAUGUA